CGAAUAUUUUGCGGGCACCAGGGACUUAAAAUCUGCAUAUCCAGGCACGCGAAGCUAGGGGGACAUUCCAUUUCCGGUUGAUCAGCGUGACAACAACAUGGCGGAGAUCAGUUUGACGAGUGCUCAGAUCAGAGACGGUGUAAAAGAGAUUCUGAAGCAUGCCGAUCUUACUACGAUGUCAGCGAAGAAAGUUCGCCGCACUCUCGAAGAUAAAUACGAUGUGGACCUUUUUGACAGGAAAAAGGAGAUCGAUCAAAUUGUGAUGAGUACUAUCACCGCGACAACAACCUCAGAAAGUGAAAAAGAAUCACCUUCUAAAAAAAGCAACGAUGAAGAACUGCCAACUAAAGAUGAAGACACAUCAUUAGAUGACAAAGAGGUUGAUAGUGACAGCAGUUCACUUGGAGAGGUAGAAGAUGAACCACCUAAAAAGAAGAUUAAGAAACAGAAAGUAAAAACGAAGCCAGAGAGAUCCAAACCUGCCAAAACUGAGAAGAAAAAAAGUGCAGAAAUCGUAAGUGAUUGCGACAGUGACGUUGAAUCAACACAGAAUGACGAGGAGAUGGCAAGAAAGCUGCAAGAGGAAGAAGAAAAUGGUGGCAGAGUAACUAGAAAUAGGAAUGCCAAGCGAACAGAACCUCCAAAGCCCACACCGAAAAGGAAACCCAAAACGGAAAGGAAAGGUAAAUCUGGUUACAGUGCUGAGAUGGUGCUAUCGCAUGAAUUAGCUGAAAUAGUUGGCACAAAUAGAAUGGCACGGCAUGAUGUGGUGAAGAGAAUGUGGGAAAUAAUUAGAGAAAGAAAACUCAUGGAUCCCAAGAAUAAACAAUUUAUGCUUUGUGAUGAACAACUCCUGAAAGUUUUUGGUAAAAAGAGAGUACGCACAUUUGGUAUGAUGAAAUAUUUGAAGACACAUAUCAAAGACCCGAUCUACCUAACGUCAUGAAGAUAAGACUUCGUCCAACACUUUCAUAAUAAUACUGCCUUUAUAUAUGUUUUUUAUCGCACACAGACUUACCAUAUAUUACUGAUACAAAUAUGUAUCAACAUGAGGGUGAAUAUGACUGAUCCGAACCGAAGUUAGUCAAUACUGUCAGCUCAUUGCGAAAUGUUACCUAAUAGUGGUAUUCGUAAGAUAUUAGAGGGGGGAUUCUUCGUAUAAUAAUAAUUCUCUCAACAUUCAUUUUAUCGUCCAACAUAACAAAUAAAUCUACAUCAUUUUUUUUCAAAAUUGUUUUUUUUUAGAAAAUGUUUUAGAAAAAUAAAAAUGUUGCAUCCAAA